ACGGGGGGCAAAUAUUCAGUUUCUGCACGCAAUUUUAUGUCUAGUUGGAGUUCUUUACUUCCAUAUAUGCUCUCCCAUCACAGUUCAUAAUCUUCAAACAAAACCCAUCAUCCUCUGCUCCUUCGUUUUGCUCUGAUCUUAUCAACUCGGUGAACCCAUCUUCCAUUUCGGCUCUGUGUAGGAACAAUGCCUGAGAAAAUAACUGCUGAGGAUCUUUUGAACAACAUUGUGGGCACAAUAGCUGAAAGUAGUUCAAAACAGAAAUCUGUGUCUUUUUUUGGCGACGACAAAUCAGACUCUGUCGGUUCUCAGUUGAAUCGGCUAUUUGGACGCCAAAAAUCUGUUCACCACCUUCUGGGUGGAGGAAAAUCUGCUGACGUGUUGUUGUGGAGGAACAAAAAGAUAUCAGCUAGUGUUUUAACUGGUGCAACUUUUGUUUGGGUGCUCUUUGAAUGGCUGAAUUAUCAUUUCUUGACUCUUGUGGGUUUUGCUUUGGUUCUUGGUAUGCUUGCUCAAUUUCUCUGGUCAAAUUUUUCGGGAUUCGUUAACAGGUCCUCAUCUAAAGUACCUCGCCUUGUUCUACCAGAGGACUUAUUCGUCAACAUUGCCAUCUCAAUUGGUGCUGAAAUUAAUAGAGGGCUGGAGUUUAUUCAGGAUGUUGCUUGUGGAGGAAAUCUGAAGCAAUUUCUUGUGGUUGUAGUAAGCUUGUGGGCUGCUUCAGUGAUAGGAAGCUGGUGCAACUUUCUGACAGUUCUGUACAUUGGUUUCAUUGCUGCUCAUACAUUGCCAGUUUUGUAUGAGAAAUAUGACGAUCAGAUCGACAGCUUUGUGUACUCAGUCUUUGGACAGCUUCAAAAUCAUUAUCGCAAGCUGGAUACUAGUGUCCUCAGCAGGAUCCCUAAAGGAAAUUUGAAGGCAAAGAAACAUGAUUAGAUAUGUCUUGCCCAGAUAUACUCUAUGUUUGGGAUUUAGCAUGUAAGGGAGUAAAAUAUUAGAUAUUCUUGUUCAUGUUACAGAAUCAUACUCUUCAAACUUCAUGUAAUUAAAUCUCCUCUUGCACUUGUUACC